AUGGUAAUUCCACCUUUGCCAGAUGAUACAAUAAUUGAUAUUUUAGAAUAUCUUCAAGAUGACCGAGGAUCUUUAUAUAACUGCCUUUUUAUAAACCAUUUUUGGUGUCAAAGAGUUGUUCGUUUACUCUGGAGGCAACCUUUUUAUAUUCCAAUAGAGCGAUGUUCAAGUUUACUACAUACCUAUCUCUUGUGUCUUAACGAUGAAGAACAAAGAUCUUUGAUUCCAUUCAAUAUUGCUUUACAAAACUAUAAGCGACCUAUGUUCUUAUAUUCAAGUUAUUUAGCCGAAUUGGAUUCUUUUUUCAUCGACAGAGCUAUCGUAUAUUUCCUUUACAAAGAAGAAUCUCCGAGAUAUUUUAUUCAUGUCUCUGAAGGAGUAAAUUUUAUCUAUGAUCAUAGUCAAACCGAGGAUUAUCAUAGAAUUCGUCAAUUGACAAGUACUUUUUGGCAUAUGUUGUUACGUAGUUGUGUUAAAGUUAAUUAUCUAGGUUUAGGUUCCUUAGGUCGAGAACCUAUACAUUAUAUUGAUGUUCCUGAUAACCUUCAAAUUUUUUUAAAUUCAAAAUCUAUAUUUUCACAUAUAAAAAAAUUAUAUUUAAAUCCUGUCAUGUCUCAAAAUUCUAUAGCAUUUUUAAAAUAUGUUCCUUCAAUAUGUUCCAAUAUUCGUAAAUUAGUAUUUCACGAACUUAAACUUUAUUCAAAUUAUUAUCCACAAAUAAUAGUUAAUAUUAUUAAAGCUCAACCAUAUAUUGAAGAUCUUGACUUUUUAUCUUUCAAAAAAUAUGGUGGAUUAAUUAUUUCUGAAUUAACUUCUCUUAAACUUGAUUUCCUAAAUUCUUUAAAAUUUUCUAAUUUUUCUUUUUCGGAAUCCCCAUUAAUUUUAUUUUCUAAUUUUAAAUUAUUAAAAAAAUUAGAACUUAUUAAAUGUGAUAGUUUAGAUAUAGUUGAUUUUAAUUAUUUACCUCCUAGACCUUUCUUCAUUAAUGAAUUAAUUUUGGGUUAUAAUAAUUGGGAUAAAGAUAUUGACGCUAAAUUUAUUUCAAAAAUUGCUAAAAACCUUAGGACUUUCUCUACCGGUUCUUUAACAAAUUCUCAAAUAAUUCAGAUAAUUAUGAAUAAGUGCCCUAAUAUUAUUAAUAUUGAAUUUUCAAUAGAUUCUUCUCGAGUUGAAUUUGAUAUCAUUUCAACUUGCCUCUCCAAGAUGAAAACGUUAGAAUCUCUUUAUAUACAUAUCUUAUCUGAUGUUGAAGGUUAUAAUUUUCAAUUAUUUGGUGAAAAUCUUCCUCAUUCUUUACGCUCUUUUAAAUUUGGUUAUACAUAUAAUUCUUCCAAAAUUUUAAAUGAUUUCUUAAUGAAUUGUAAUGUUCCAUUAGAAUCUCUUUAUAUUUCUUUUCAUAAUAUUAAUAUAAAUCAUCUUGAUUGUUUAGUUAAUUUUGCAAAUAGGUGUACCACUUUAAGGGAAGUUGGUUUAGAAGAUAUUCAAGAUCAAUCACAAUGCCAUCAUGAAAAAUUGGACAUUAUUGAAAAAUUAAGACAAUUGAAUAUAAAAGUUGUCAUAUAUUUCAUUCUAGAAAAUCAUACAGUAAAUGCCUGUAUUUGUAUAUAG